AUGGUGAUAAAGCAUGAUAUUGAAGAACCGUCGAUAACCUGUGCCAUGACAAUAUCUUAUCAACUCGAUGUAUCCUCAGCUUCGGCGAUAGCCUUUUGCCGUCUCCUGUUCCGAUGGAAAGGGAGUAUUUGGAAGAUUGUAUUCCAAGAGCUUUUGAUUUGGAUGCUUCUCUACCUUUGUAUCUCAUUCUUCUACAGAACGGACUACUUUUUAAGUCCGCAGCAAAAAGUGAAUUUUGAGGAAUUGGCUUACUAUCUUAACGAGCGUCUGGAUUACAUUCCACUGACUUUUAUUCUCGGUUUUUUUGUAAGUUCGAUUAUUUCGAGGUGGUCGGAAAUAUUUAACAACAUGGGAUACGUCGAAAGCCAGGCAAUAUUUGUUGGCAAUUAUGUUCACGGAGAUGACAAGGAAACACGUUUACUGCGACGAGCGAUAGCUCGAUAUAUGUGCCUUACACAAGCGCUAGUAUUUCGAGAUAUCAGUGUGAGAGUUCGGAAACGGUUUCCUUCUUAUGAAAGUCUUGUCAAAGCAGGGUUUGCGACGAAGGAAGAAAAGGAGAAAAUUGAGUCUAUUAAACUGAAAUAUGACAAGUACUGGGCGCCAACAAAUUGGAUUUAUACUCUUAUAUUUCGGGCCAGAAGAGAAGGAAAAAUUUCUCACGAUAUACUUGCGAGUAAACUUUGUGAUGAGAUUAAAUCCUUCCGGUUCAAUUUGCAGAUGUUAUGUAAUUAUGACUGGGUGCCACUUCCACUUGUCUACUCUCAGAUCGACUUAUAUCUGCCUAUAAUGACAAUAAUUCAAUUUUUCUUUUUCACUGGGUGGGUCAAAGUCGCACAAGGACUGCUGAAUCCCUUCGGAACAGAUGAUGACGAUUUUGAAUGCAAUUAUCUUCUCGAUAAAAAUUUAGCCACAAGUAUGUGUAUUGUUGAUGAUGAAUGCGGAAACCCUCCAGACGUAGUGCCCGACAAAUUCUGGUUUUGCGGCACAACCGAUACGCUUUACUCCGACCCAUCUCAAACUGCACAAAAUCAUCCGCUUGUUGGAUCUGCUGUUUCUGCCAAGUUCGUAAUAGCUUGUAUCUCUUGUUUCCGCCAGGUUCACUUGAGAAAAAAGUCAAACUUUUCUAAAAUUUUGAAAAAUAAGAAGGCUUCGUCCACGACCAAAGAAUUUGAAGAA